AUGAAUUCAUUGCUUCAAAAUAACGACACGAAAGGCGUCGCAUCCAAUACAUCGGGAUCUGGGGCUCAGUUGAACCGCACGGAAAGCGCUAGAAAGUGGCGGUCGAGGCCUCUGACCUACCGAUGCGAGUACUGCAUUGGUUCCAAUAUAUUCGCCACAGACUCCAAGUCGUACUUUGAGACGCAUCACCGCAACUGUCACCCGAAGGCACUCUACUGUGACCUAUGUUUGGCCCGAUUCGAGACACUCGCCGAACGACUGGAGCAUCAAAUCUAUUGCACGGUUUCCAAGAUUUAUAUCUGCGACCAAAUGAACUGCUAUUUCGAGUGCACCGAUAGUGAGGCGUUUGACGAGCAUCGGCGCCAACACACGGCUCCACCAAUUGAUACGAUUAGCGAUCGUAUCGACGAUACUGUGUCCAAAGCGGACCCAAUUAGUGAUGAUAAUUGUGUGGCAAAAAGUGCCCAAAAGCCAAAUGAGAGCAACGGUUUAAAUGAAAGCGAUGGAAGUGUUUCCGCCGAUAACUCUAGUAUUAAUGGUCACGACGUGCAGCAAUUGCUCGCCCUCUGCCUAUCUCUGCCACAAACUGCUGAUCCAUUUGAGACCAACUGUGAAAACAAUAAGAUUGCGGUUAAAAGUAAGCGCAAAACACCGCACACAAUAAGAGAUGAUAAUUUUGUGGACAGUACUCAUGAGAAGACAAUUGCGAGCGACGGACGCAACGAAAGUGAUGGACGCGUUUCCAGUGAUAUUUAUCCCAUUAAUGAAGAGGAUCUACAGCUGAAGAGUCUGUAUAUCCCCAUUGCUGUGCCAAAAAGUACUCGUCUACCACUUGAGAUCAACUGUGAUACCAAUGAAAUUGCGAUUAAAACUGAACCAAUUAGUGGUGAUAAUUGUGUUGAAAUGAACGAAGAGAUGUCCAAUGAAUGUACGACAGGUUUGCACACAAUUGAUGAACACAUUUCCGUCGACUCUGUUAAACAAGAACUGGAAUCAAACGAGAAUCGACUCGAAUUCAAUUCUGUGGUCAAUGAAGUGGUGGAUAAUUCCAAUGAUAAUGGAUUUAUUUUUGGCGCAGAUCUAUUGUCCAAAAAUAGUGUUAUUAGACAUGAAAUGAUAGACACAAACAAUGGUCUAACCGAUGAUAAUAAUAAACACGAAACGAGUAUUAAAAGAAUGUUAGCGCACAUAACGGGGACUGGCGGUCGACCCAGAGGUCGGCCCAGAAGACAUCCCAAAGUUGGUCCCAAAGUUCGCCCCAAAGAUGUGCCGAGAAAUCGAUGCCCUGACUGUAACCCCAGUCUCAGUACUUCAAUCUAUUAUCAUUGCAAAAAUCAUGCGCUGAAGACCUGUCCGCUCUGUGAUCUGCCGUUUAAGGGCCGCCACGCGUUGGUCGACCACUUGUCCGCAUGCAAAGCGCCGCAAACUAGAUAUCAACGCAAUCUUAAGCGUCACGUACGCCGAGUCCACACCACUGAGUGCUACCGCUGUCGGCAACCCAUCGACGAGACAAUGAUUAGGUCUCAUCUCCAGAAGUGUGACAAACGGCUCAAUGUUGCGGUGCGAAAGUGUCCGAUCGAUGGCUGCGAUUACCAGUCCAUCAGCGGUGUGGACAUCAAAGGCCAUAAGCUGUCGAUGCAUUCAAUCGGUUCCGACCUUCAGUGCAAUAAGUGUUCGUUCAAAUGCACCACAUUUUACGCUUACAAUCAACACGUUCUUCGUUACCACAACACGAAGAAGAGGCGCACACUUUACAAAUGCGAGAAAUGCCACAAAUGUUUUCAUACAUUGCAACGAUUGAACGCUCACGUGAUUUGGGCUCAUAGUUCCAAACCAUUGGAACCGCUGCGCGUUCGGGAUCGCCAUCAGUGCCACUAUCGCGACUGUGGCGGCACUUUUAGGCGUGCGUCGGAUCUCGUGACACACGUCGGCGCCAAACACACCCCUCUUCUCGACGAUUGGUCCGAAUAUCUGUUCAAAUGCGAGAUCUGUGGCGACCUGUUUAAGGGCCAGCGUCUGGUUGGCCGCCAUUUGGACUCACUUCACAAACUCAAUGGACGCAAGUAUUGGUUUAAGUGCGGAUCCGAUGGCUGCGGGUUUGAGAGCAUCUCUUUACGCGGUAUUAAUGACCACAAGAGAGACCUCAAACACGUCGGGCCCUAUGUUUUGUUUAAUAAAACCAAAGGCCAGUCGACGUGUGAAUCUGUAGCUGAAGUGUGCGGUAGUGUUGGCCCGCGUGCGGCCAACAGUACCCGUAAUGAUAACUUAUUAUCGAUGGAAACGCUUGACUACUGUUCGGGUGAAGCGUUGAUCAAGACUAACAUCACAGCGAUUCCCGAUAAACAAUCAUUUAGU